AUGGCGACGAAACCACUAGUUGGCUCUCCGCUCUCGGCCUCUCCUGCUGCUCAAAGCACCCCUGACCCUGGCCUUCCAACUGGUGUUGCUGCUCAAGGCACCCCCACCCCUGGCCCUUCCAGUGGUGGUGGUGGUACCGGUGCUGCUGCUCCAGUCCCCGACGGUGGCCCUAAAAGUGGCAGCGCUGAUUUUUUUACACCGAAUUAA